AUGAUAGACAUUAAGAUCGAAGAAUUAAGGAAUUCAAGUGAAGUAGAUCAUUUGGAAUAUGGUAACUUAUUAGAUGAUAAAAGUAUCGAGUUUAUAAUUAUAAAGAAUAAAGAUUUAUAUAUUUAUACAUAUGAUACCCAAAAGAAGAAUAUAUAUUUGUUAUAUGAGACCAAAUUAAAUGCUCCUAUUUUAAAAUUAGUUAUUUUAAAAGAUAUAUUUUUAAAUAAAAAAAAAAAAAAUAUAAGUGGAAUACUUUUGAUUUAUAAAAAUAUACAUUUUAUAAUUUAUAAAUAUAAUAAAAUUUUAAAUAGCUUAGUAAUAGUAUUGAGACAUACAUUUAAUAGAGAAAUAAAAUUUUCAUCCUUAUUUUACAAUUUACCAUGUGCUAUUAAUUAUAUUCAUAAAUAUGAUAAUUUUAAAUAUAAGAAAAAAAAAGAAGAAAAAAAAAAAAUAUAUAAUGUAACUAAUAAGAAACAUUUAAGUAAAUAUGGAAAAUCGAAUCUUCAUCAUAAUCGACUUUCUGAUAUGAAAGUAAGUAGAUUAAAAAAAAAGAAAAAAAAAAUUAAAUUAAAGUUAUUUAUUAAUAAAGAUAAAAAUAAAAAUAUAGAUAAAAAUAUAGAUAAAGAUAAAAAUAUAGAUAAAGAUAAAAAUAUUGAUAAAGAUAAAAAUAUUGAUAAAGAUAAAAAUAUUGAUAAAGAUAAAAAUAUUGAUAAAGAGAAUAACGAAUUAUCAUCAAAUAAUAAAACCACAAAUGUUGAAGAUAUGAUAAUAGAGGAUGAUAAUUUUAUGGACAACUUAAAUAAUAAUGUUGAUGAAUACAAAAAGGAAUUAUAUUUUUUAAAUAAUUAUUGUUUAAAUUUUAAUAAAAAAAAAAUUAUAAAGGCCAAAAAAAAAAAAAUUAAUUUUUGUGAAUUUUCCUUUACAUUUUCUUAUAAUUUUAAAACCUUAUAUACCUUCUUUUAUACAACCAAAAAAAAAAGUAUAGAAGAAACAAAAGAAAAUGAAAAAAAUGGUAGGGUUAGGAAGGAAGUACAAACUAAUUAUUUUUCGAAUGAUAUAUACCUUGAUAAUAUAAGUAAAAUUAAGUUACAUCGGAUAUAUAAACAUUUUGUUUUUAUAAAAAAAAUAUUUUAUCAUGACAAUUUAGCUAACGUACUUAUUCAGAGGGACGCGAUUAAUGUUGGUCAAAGAAAAAUUGAAGAGUUAAAUUUAAAGGUUGUGACUUUAAGGAUUGAAAAAGAAAAAUUUGAUAUUGUCGAAUUAGUAAAUAAUAUACCUAACGAUAUUGUGGAUAUAUUAAAAUAUAAGAACAUUGUUAUAUGUAUAUGUUAUGAUUAUAUAUAUAUAAUAAAUAUGAUGAGCUAUAAGAAAGUUGUUUAUUUUUUUAAUAAGACUAGUUAUAUAAAUGAAAUAUUUGAAUUAAUGAAAGACAAUUGUUUAUUUGUUGAUUAUACUUAUUUUAAUAUAAAUUUUAGUAUUUUAAAUGUUCAUACAAAAAAUAAUAAUAUAUUUUUAUUAAAUAAAAAAUAUAUGAUACAUGGUCAUAUAUCUAAAGAUCUUAAUGAUUUAAUACAUUUAAUGCGCUGGAAUAUAACAUAUAAAUUUAUGGCUACCAUAAAAACGUCAACGUUCUUCACUUUUUCAAAAUAUUUAUAUUUUGUGUAUUCCUAUGAUGGGAUAGGUGGUGUGUCGGAUAUAUGUAUUAUACGGAGAAAAGAACGAAUAAAAAAAAAUAAAAAUAUUAAUAAAAAUGAAAAAAAUCAAAAAAAUGAAAAUAUUAAUAUUUAUAGAAAGAGAAAAAAUACCAACACAUUUUCGUGUGUACCUACGAAAAGACCGAAAAAUGAGCAUAUAGAAAAUAAAUUUCGGCAAAAUGGAAAUCCUAAUAUUGUUCAAGAGGACUCUUCUUCUUAUUAUUAUAAUGAUGAUAAUAAUAACAAAUAUUGUGUAGACAUUACAGAAAAAUCAGACCACAUAAUUCCCAGAAAUAAUGAUACAACUCAAAUGGAAAAUAAUAAUAAAAAGGAAAAAAAAAAUAAUAAUAAUAAAAAGGGGGAAAAAAAUGAUAAUAAAAGGGAAAAAAAAAAUAAUAAUAAUAAAAAGGAAAAAAAAAAAAAUAAUAAUAAAAAGGAAAAAAAAAAAAAUAAUAAUAAAAAGGAAAAAAAAAAUAAUAAUAAUAAAAAGGAAAACAUUUGUACCAAGUUAAAGUAUUAUAAAAGAAAUAAUAAUUUCCUUUUUGAUUUAUUAAAUUAUUUAAAUAAAAAUAUAAACGUCAAUGAAUAUACAAAGGAACUGAAUAAUAAAAAAUAUGAUUUGUUAUUUCAAAAAUAUAAAAAAAAAAUUAAAAUUUUAGAAAAUCAUUUUUCAAAGAUUAAUGCUCAUGGGAAUAUAGAAUAUUCCUCUCCUUUAUUUUUUAUGAAAAAAAAAAAAACAAAAAAAAUAAAAAAUAAAAUACAAGAUAAAAAUGACAAAAUGAAUGAUCAUUUUAAUAAAGUUAAAGAUAAUAUUUUGAAUCAAGAAAUAAUAAUACAAGAAACGCAAGAGAAAAAUAAGGAAAAUGAGAAUAUAGAAUUAAUAAAUUCGAAACAUAAAAUAAACAAUAAUAAUAAUAAUAAUAAUAAUAAUAAUAAUGAUAAUAUGUUAUUUUUUUCAAAGGUCGAUAAAAUAUUAUUCAAAGGAAUACUGAUAGAUAUACAUAAACUAUAUGAUCAUUUUUCAUCCAUAUAUAAAUGUAUAUAUAUCUCUCAUAUAGGAAAGAAGAAAAACAGUACUAUUAAUAAAGUGUUUUUUGAAGUACCCCUUGUUAUUAAAUUAGAUAUAGAAUUCUUACAAUGUUAUAUAAAAAAUGUACACUGUACACAAGUACAAGAUCGAAAAAUACGUGACAAGGAAUACAUAAAGCAUUACAGAAGAAAUAAUCGUAAAUAUAAAGACACACGUAUUCAAUAUAUUCUAUUAAAUGUAACACAAAAAGAUUGUAAUAAUAAUAUAGAAAUAAAUGAUAUAUCAAAAAUGAAUAAAUUAAAAAAUUAUCCUAUGGACAAAGUCAUAUGUAAUAAAAAGAAUGAUUAUUUAAAAGAUAAUGAACCAAAUAGACAUAUCUUAUUAUGUAUAAAUAAUAUAAUGUUUUUAAAAACGAAAAGAGCAAAUCAAUAUUUUGUUUUAUAUGAAAAUAAUAAAUUAAAAAGAAAUCUUUUUUUACGACAAUUUACGGAAAGGAUAAGUAUGCUUUAUAAAUAUGAUAAUAAUAAGGAGGAGAAUCUUAAUCAUGAUGAUGAUAAUCAUAUGGAGGAUCAAAAUAAUUCUGAUUUAUUUAUAAAUAAUGUAAAUGAUGUGAUGUAUUCAGAUGAUGAAGUCAUUGAAGAUAAAGAAAGUAUACAACCUGAUGAAGAUUGUUACAAUAAUUAUUUAUGUUUGUUAAAAGAAAAGGAUGAUGAUGAUGAAUAUGUUAUUGAUGAUACCAAAAGGAGAGAUAAUAUGAAUUUUAUGGAUUUUAAUAAAAAUCGUUUUAAUAAUUUUAGUCGAGAUAAUUAUUUUUGUUCAGACAAAAUUAUGUACAUGAUAAGAAAUAAUUCAAAUUUUAUAAAUACAAAUAUUAAAACUAACGAUAUAUAUGAAGAAAUACAUUUAAAAAAUACAUUGAUGACUAUUGAAAAAUAUGUAUUAUUUUUUAAAAAAACCAAUCUAAAUUAUUUUAAUAAUAAAGAUGUUAUGUUUUAUUUGAAGAGGAUAUAUUUUCCAUAUAUAAUGUAUGAACAUGAUGAUAAUAGUAUUAUAUGUAACGAAAAAUAUAAUUAUAUGGAUAAAAAAAAUAUGGAAACAAGACAUAUAGAUUUACAAAAUAUGGAAAAAGGUAUUAACUAUAAUGAACAAAUAAAAAAUGAUAUAUCUAAAUAUUAUAAGCAAGAUAAAAAUUUUGCUAACAAGUUAUGUUUUUAUUUCUCAUAUAAAAAAAUAAGAAAAGAAAAUAAAUAUAUUUAUGAUGAAAUGAAAAGUACACAAUAUUAUUUACAAAAAAAAGUGUUACAUUUUUUUAUAGAAGGAAAAAAAGAACAUAUAAAAACAAAUAUAAAUAUAAUAGACACAACAAUAGCUUUCUUAAAUUAUAAAAAUAUUAUCUUAAUACAAGUAUGUAAAUAUGAAAUCAAUAUUUUAUAUUAUAAGAAUACAUAUGUGUUGAUAAAAAAUAUUCAUAUUGAUGAUUAUCCUGUUAAAAGUUGUGAAUUAAUAGAAAAUUAUUUAAUUAUAUUAUAUGAAAAUUAUAAUUGUUCUAUAUAUAUAUUAAAUAAAAAUGUUAUAAAAGAAUGUAUAAAUAUAAUUAAUAAAAUAAUUUUUUUAUAUAAUAUAUGUACUAUACAUUGUUUAAUAUAUGAAAAUAAAAAAGAACAAAUAAAUAUAUAUAGCUUUAUCAAAUUUUUAAAAGAAAAAAAUAUUUUAUCUACAAAAAAAAAAAAGUCAUCACACAAAUGUUAUAAUAAUAUUAAUAAUACAUAUAAUGUAACACAUAAUUUGAAAGAAACUAAUUGUGAUGAAUUAUAUUAUAAUUUUUAUGAUUUAUAUAAAAUAUUUCAAAUAAAAAAUUUAUCCAUGUUAUAUGAUUUUAUAAAAAGUAGUAAACACAUUAAUAUAGAUCAUAUAUUUGAAAUGUAUAUUCCUAAUAUUAAAAAUAUUGAUUGUUUAUCAACAUUUUAUCAUAAAAAAAGACAUAUAUAUUUAUCUUUCUUGUCGAACACAAAUAAUAAAACAUUUAAUAUUUUUGAUAUUAGAAAGAAAAAAAUAAUUUUUAAAAGUAACUAUAUCAUGGGUGUUCCAAAAUAUAUAUAUAAUACAAUAAAUAAAAAUAAACAUAAAAAUACAAAAAAAUUACAUAAAUGUAAAAUAAUAAAAUAUGACGGUGACCAGGAACAUCAUGUUGAUCAUAAUAAUAUGAAAGAAAAUAAUAACAAAAAAUUUAAUUAUAAUGAUAAAUCACUUAUAAAUUAUUUGAAUGCAGAAAAAAUUAUUAAUAUUUUAUUUUUUAAAUUAAAUAAAGACUAUUUUUUAAUCAUAUUUUUAACAGGGAGACCAAUAUUAAUAUAUAAAUCGUUCUUUUCUAUAAAAAAAAAAAAUAAUAAUAAUUUAUUUGCUAAUGUCAAAUUUAAAAUCAUUGUUCAUAAAUUUAUUCAACCUUUGAUUAGUAAUAUUAUGUAUCUUCCAAGAAAUACAAACUCUAUUAGUAAUAAUAAAAUAUAUGAUGAGAAUAUUUACAAUGGUUCAUAUAUACUUUUGGAUGAACAUAAUUUUAAAGAGCCUACAAAUAAAAUGAACAAAAAAAAUAAUAAUAAUAAUAAUAACAAAAAAAAGAAUGUUUAUUAUAAUUGCCUUGUUGUGUACCCCUAUAUAGAUAUAAACAAAAUUACAACAAAUAUAAGUGAUGAUAAAAAUGUAUCGAAAGAAUUAUUUGAAAAAGAUAUAAUGAACAAUUAUUAUAUUAAUUAUCCCAUAUUGUUCUUAUCUAAUUAUAAGGGGAAAUUAUAUAUACACCCUUUAAAUAAAGAAAAACUACAACAAAGUUAUCAUAAUAAUAAAGAAGAGAAAGAACCAAAUAAAAACAAUAAUAAUUACAUUAUACAUUAUGCACAUAAUAAUAUAUUAUAUAAUAUUAAAGAUAUUUAUGGGCAUAUAAAAGGUUUACACAAAAUAGAUCAGAAUGAAUUUAUAAGCUUCUCAAAUAACAAAUUUCAAAUAUUUAAUAUAAAUGAUUAUAAAUAUAAUUCUGUUAUGCCUAAAUCCACACAAGUUAAUAUAAGAUCUGAUUUUUUUCUUACAUCCACUAUAAUAAAUGAACAAUCUAAUGAAAGCAACAACAACAACAACAACAACAACAACAAUAAUAAUAAUAAUAAUAAUAUUAAUAAUAAUGGAAAUAAAAAUAAUUAUGGUAAUAAGAUCCAUUUGAAUAAUCCAUAUGGUGAUACACACAUUGGACAUAUUAAUUCUUAUAGUAAUCCAAAUCAUAUCAGCAUACAAAAUGAUAUAAUAUUUUUUUCAAAAAAUUCGAACUUAAUAAAUCUCUCUUUUAAUGAUUCUUUCGCGACAAAAAAAAUUCUGUCAUAUCCUUAUAUUCAUAAAAUGUGCAUAUCGAAAGAUGAUUAUGUUUUGAAGAAGGCACGCAAAGGUGGAAGAGGUUGUUACGUCAACAAAAAAAAAUGUAUUAAGGAAAUGAAUGAAACGGAUGAAGUGAUUGAAAUGAAUGAAGUGAAUAAAAUGAAUGAAACGGAUGAAGUGAUUGAAACGAAUAAAAUGAAUGAAACGGAUGAAGUGAUUGAAACGAAUAAAAUGAAUGAAACGGAUGAAGUGAUUGAAACGAAUAAAAUGAAUGAAACGGAUGAAGUGAUUGAAACGAAUGCCAUUAAUGAGAAUUAUAAAAAUAGUUGUGAUAAUGACGAAUAUGUAAAUAAAAAAAAUGGUUCUAAUUCUUCAUAUAAUUUUCCUUAUCAUGUAACAUUUGGAAAGGUCCUAGCAGUAGUUGUUAGAAUAAAAUAUGAUGAAUAUUAUUGCUUAAAGAAAUUAUUAAAAAAAAGAAUUAACCUACAGAAAGAUGAAAUAAAAAAUAAUACCUUAUAUGAAAAUGAAGAAAUACAAUGUAUACCAAAUAUAUAUCUGGAUGAUUGUAUUAAUAAUCAAUAUACACAUCAAAUAAAAAGAUUUUUACCUGCUCAUACAGAACAUACUACAACAAACAAUUUGAAAGAUGAUCAUAUAUUAAGAACAAAUAAUAAACUUAUUCAAUCGGUUCAAACAUAUACAAAAUAUUAUAAAUUAUUAUUAUUUCACGAAAAUAGUAAACAUGUAUAUGGUUAUUAUAUUUUUGAACACAGUGAAGAAAUUCAAUGUGUCUCUUUUGGAUACCUUAAUAAUAAGGAAUAUAUUUAUAUAAGCAGUGGAAUCAAUAUUAAUGAAAGAAUAGAAACACAAGGAAAUAUAUAUAUACUUGAUUUUAGUAAUAUAUUCUUUAAAUUUAAUAAAAAUCAUCUAGACUCAUAUUUUAACUCUUCUCCUAAUAUGGAUAACUUUGGAAAAUCGCUUGAUGCGCAUCAGAAAAAUAACGAAAAUGAUGAUGUAAUGAACCAAAUAGGAAUUAACAAAUACGAAACAAAUAACAAUCAUCUUAAUAAUGACGUUGACGUUGACGUUGACAUUAACCAUAUAAGUGAUGCUAAUCCAAAUCAAGAUUUAUUAAAUACAGAUAAUUCAAAUAAUAAAGCCGAAAGCACAAAGAAAGGAAAACUACUGGUUUACAUGAAAAAAACAUAUAACAACUGUGUAUCUCAAAUUCUCCCAUUUUAUGUUCACACAGAUAAUUAUAAUAGUAAUAUUAUGUACGCAGGGCGAAAUUUUAAAAAUCCUACAAAAAAUGAAGGAAAGGAAUAUUUUUUAAAUAAUGAAGAUAAAUAUAAUCUUGAUAAAAAUAAUACAUAUUGGAAUGAUAUGAAAGAUUCCAAUAAUAACUGUUAUAGUAAUAUUCUUCAUUGUAUUAAUUCCAAGAUUUAUAUACAUGAAGUAAACGAUAACGAUUUUACUAAAGGUGCUUUUCUUGAUAAUAAUUUUUAUAUUAGUGAUAUUAAAAUAAUGAAAAAUUUUAUUAUUAUUGCUGAUUUAUUUAAAGGAAUUUUUAUCAAUAUGUAUAAUUAUGAAGAACAAUAUGAUAGUCGAAGUAUUAUUUCCAUAUCCAAAAAUUUUUAUAGUAACAAUUUAAAUAUAUUAUGUUGUCAUUAUAUUAUAUUCAACUCUUUUAUAUCAAUUAUUGCUAUGGAUGUUUAUAACAACUUUAUUGUUUUCUCAUAUAAAAACUAUCAAGAUAUUGAUAAUCUCUAUAUAUUCAAUUAUUUUAAUUUUAAUAGAAGAAUUGUUAAAUUUAUUAACGCUUUAAAUAAACAAGAUAACUCAAACAUUGCUCUGUCCUUAUCCAACGAUGGUAGUAUACAUUUAUUUCAUCCAUUAAAUCAUAAACGUUUUCUUUUCUUUAAAGAAAUAUAUAAUAUCACAAAGAAAUAUAUCUUUCCAAAUUUAGCUGUAAAUGUCCAUACUCAUUUAAAACCAGACUUUUUCAUCCAAUCCAUUGUCUUAAAUUUGUACAAAAAAACGGAUAGCUAUUUGGUGAAAAAUAUUUUAUUUGAUGACUUGUUAAGACAACUUCCGUUUUACUCUAGCGAAGUGCUAUACGAGUUAUUUUAUGAGAAGUCCAACUUGCUUCAGCAUAUAACCAUAGGCGAGUUUUUAAAUGAGCUCUAUGUAUUGAGCCUAAAUUAA